CCCUGGUUGCUGUAUCUCGGACCCACCCUCCAAAAUAAAGCCAUGAGGGUCUUUCUCCUGCUUUGCCUGCUGGCGAUAGGCAACGCCAAACCCUACGAGCCAAUUAAUGUCAUGGAAUUCAUGAAAAACUAUGACAUCAUGAUGGCUGAUUCAGCAGAUGAAGAGAGCGAUGAAGACGACGACGAUGAUAACGACGAUGAUUAUGAAGAUGGGAACUGUCCCUCUGACUGCCGUUGCUCACCAAGAGUGGUGCAGUGCUCCGACAAAAGUCAUAUCUCUAUUCCUGAGAAGAUUCCUGAGGACACUGUGAUACUUGACCUCCAGAACAAUGACAUCACUGAGAUCAAGGAGUACGACUUUAAGGGCCUCAACAAACUUCAUGGCCUGUUUCUGAUCCACAAUAAGAUUUCCAAGAUUCACCCCAAGGCCUUCAGAAACAUGGAACACCUCAGACUGCUGUACCUCUCCUACAACCAUCUAACUGAGAUCCCCGCAAACCUUCCUCCUGACGUCAUCGAGCUCCGCUUCCACGAAAACAAGAUCAAUAAAAUCCAGAAGGAGGCGUUCAAAGGCCUGAGGAAACUGCAUGUGCUGGGUAAGACCUGA